AUGCUACACUGGCCAUAUCUAUCUAUCUAUCUAUCUAUCUAUCUAUCUAUCUAUCUAUCUAUCUACCGUUCGAUCUAUCUAUCUAUCUAUCUAUCUGAGGCGAUUCACAUGCUACACUUGGCAUAUCUAUCUAUCUAUCUAUCUAUCUAUCUAUCUAUCUAUCUAUCUAUCUAUAUAUAUAUAUGUGUGUGUGUGUGUGUGACAAGAUUCAAAUGGCAGGCGGUUAAAAUGCCACAUUGGCCAUAUAAUCUAUCUAUCUAUCUAUCUAUGGGGAUUCACAUAACACAUUUGGUAUAUCUAUCUAUCUAUUUAUCUAUCUAUCUAUCUAUGGGGAUUCUCAUGCCACAUUUGGUAUAUCUAUCUAUCUAUGGGGAUUCACAUGCCACAUUUGGUAUAUCUAUCUAUCUAUCUAUCUAUCUAUGGGGAUUCACAUACCACAUUUGGUAUAUCUAUCUAUCUAUCUAUCUAUGGGGAUUCACAUGCCACAUUUGGUAUAUCUAUCUAUCUAUCUAUCUAUCUAUCUAUCUAUCUAUCUAUCUAUCUAUGGAUUCACAUGCCACAUUUGGUAUAUCUAUCUAUCUAUCUAUCUAUCUAUCUAUCUAUCUAUCUAUCUAUGGGGAUUCACAUACCACAUUUGGUAUAUCUAUCUAUCUAUCUAUCUAUGGGGAUUCACAUGCCACAUUUGAUCUAUCUAUCUAUCUAUCUAUCUAUCUAUCUAUCUAUCUAUCUAUCUAUCUGCAUAUAUAUUAA